GUGGGGUUUUCCUCCACAAACCUCAACAAACUUCUUCGAAAAUUCCUACGUUCCAUUUGAGAUAGCUUGGCAUUUGCUAAGCUUGUUUCAAAUUCAUAUAUUAAUUCCCUGGAUCAUUCACCACUCUUCCUGAGUUCUUUAUCCGAUAUCCCUUGACCUUGAAAGGCAAACAAACUUUAUUUGUUUUACCAAUCCCUGGGUUAUUAUCUCUCUAAAAAAUUCAACGCGAAUUUUUUGUUGUAUCUUUAGUCAUAAAAUCUUCUAAUCACUGAUUUUUUUUUUUUUUUCACUGACUGACUGAUUACUUCGUUUUUACAUUUUGCUUUUUGUUUUUGUGUUCCUGUUCAACAACCUUUUGAAAAAAAGGUAUAUUAGCAAUCAGAAAACCGUUAUAAAAACGUUAAAAGUGAGAAAUUGCUUUUUUUAGCGUCUAAUUACCGCUCACGUUUUUUUUGGUCAUCUCCCAGUCCAUUCCAUUCUUUUUUUUAUUUCUUUUCUGGUGUGCAUGUAAAAUAGCACUCCUAUUUAACGGUAAUAUCUAUUGUAGACCUUUGCCAACAUUGGUCUAUUUGAAUUUGAACAGGAUUAGGUUCCCGUUGAUCAAAACCUAUUAUUUCAAUCAGAAACUUGCCCUUUUCUUUUACAGUCCCUUCGUUACCUUUUUUUCUUGAGCUUGUCACGGCAUACGCAAGUGAUCCUUUGAUAUUCCCCUCUUCUCUCAAUUCUAAUUCUAGUUUUGUUUAUACCCUUAUUCUUUGAUCGAUCGUUUACUAUAUAUAACCUUUUAUUUUAAGCUUCGUUCUUCCGCUUAAUUUAUUUUCUUAAACUUUUGGUCAAUGUCGUCGUCUGAUAGAAUUUCUUUACCGAAUGCAGUAGAACAGCUAUCCUUAUCAUCGGAUACUGCUGCGUCUUCGCAUCAUCAAUCGUCUCUUAAUGCGAAUAACUCCGAACACAACUUAGAUCCUCAAUCGUCUUUAAUCUCUUCUUUUUCUUCUUCAUCCUCGUCCUCUAAUUCAGAUUUUAACGAUACUAAUUCUUUAUCGACGUCCUCCGACUCUUCCGAUGAUAAUAACAACACUGUAAACGGCGAUAAUGAUACAAUUUCUCGAUCUUCCUCUACUAGGUCGUCUGAUCAAUUAACAUCUCGACCUGUUCCGCCAGUAAGAUUAGGACGUCGUUCUUCCAGUAAGAAUCGGGCAUCUCUUGCGAUAAACUGCAAUCAACCAGCUGAAAAAGCUGGCAGUGCCCUUUCUUCACCCACAUCCGUCGGUUCUCCCCCCUCUUCUUCUAUGCAAUAUCCUGGUGGCUUAUCCUCUGAUAUCCAAGAGAAAGUGAAAGCUUUCCAUGCCGCUCGUUCUAGGUCUUACCCUGAUGGUGGUAAUAGCACAACAUCUAGUCCUGCCUCACCUAUGGUCGGUAAUCGAUCAAGUAUUUCCAUCCCCAUCGCUCCUAUUCCCCCAAAAACUCCUCCUAUUUCUGGACAAAAAGGUACCAAUGGUACUGACUCGACUUUAGCCCGCUCGCUUGCUGCCGCUAGAAUUCCAGCUCAGCGUUCUGCUUCAAUGCCCAAGCAAAAUAAAAUGCGACGUGCUCCUCCCGGAAAAAUUGACCUAUCCAAUAACAGUACCACUCCAUCAAGCUCCAAUGCGGAUUCAAAAGGCAGUAUGGCUUCACGACGCGGUUUAAAAAUUCCUCCUAGUCUCCGACAGUUUGCUUCUGAAACGCCGUUUUCCACGUUUUCUGAUAUUUUGGAUGCCAAAUCUGGGAGCUUGAAUUUUAAAAAUAAAGCCAUUCUCAAUGCUGAUGGUGUCAAUUUUUCUUCUGGCUCUUCAUUUAGAAUUAAUAUGUCUGAAAUUAUAAAACUUGCUGAGUUAGGUAAGGGCAAUUAUGGAGUUGUAUAUAAAGCGUUACACCGACCGAGUGGUGUUACAAUGGCAGUGAAAGAAAUUCGUCUUUCUUUAGAGGAAGCCACAUUUAACCAAAUUCUAAUGGAACUUGAUAUUUUACAUAAAGCUACAAGCCCUUAUAUUGUAGACUUUUAUGGCGCGUUUUUUGUUGAGGGUUCUGUUUUCAUUUGCAUGGAGUACAUGGACGUUGGAAGCAUGGAUAAAUUAUAUAUAGGUGGGAUUACUGAUGAGGGUGUCUUGGCUCGUAUUGCUUACGCUGUUUUACAAGGCCUAAAAACACUUAAAGAAGAACACAACAUUAUUCAUCGUGAUGUUAAGCCAACGAAUGUACUCGUUAACUCCUCUGGACAAAUCAAGUUGUGUGAUUUUGGAGUUAGUGGAAAUUUGGUAGCUUCAAUCUCGAAGACUAAUAUCGGCUGUCAAUCUUACAUGGCACCCGAAAGGAUUCGUGUAGGUGGCGGUGGUAACGGUGUAUUAACUUACACUGUGCAAGCUGAUAUUUGGUCUUUGGGUUUAACCAUACUAGAAAUGGCAAUUGGUUGUUACCCAUAUCCUCCUGAUUCUUAUACAUCCAUUUUUGCUCAGCUUUCUGCAAUUUGUGAUGGGGAACCUCCAAAAUUGCCAAAUUCAUUUUCUCCGGAAGCUCAUGAUUUUGUAAAUAGAUGUCUUCGGAAAAAUCCUUCUUUGCGUCCCGGCUAUCAAGAGUUGAGCAAUCAUCCUUGGAUUCUCAAGUAUCAAAAUAUGGAAGUGGAUAUGAGUGCCUGGGCUAAAACUAAUUUAGAACAUCAAGUUGCAGGAGAGGCCGAGAGGUAAUCUAGUAUGUUAAGUAUAGUGUUUUAACGAAACGAUGUUUUGGAAAUCCAUACAAACUAGAAAGAACGAGCUUCCUCAUUAUUUGUUUAAUACACUAUACUAGACAUACUGAUUAAUAAGGUCAUUUAAAUUAGUCACUGAGGAAAGCCAUCGAAAGAUGACUUCGAAUGGGUAAUAUAUCGCGAUUUUCUUUGCGAAGUUCUGUUGCAAAAUUGCUUUUCUAAUAUACCAUGAAAACAUAGAGCAAUGUAAUUUGCAUAGGCGGUGCAAAUGUGAAGUCAAGAACUCGAGAGUGCUAUGAAUUUAUUUAUAUUGCGACGAAUUAUCUUUGUCAGUAAUUAAUUGUAAUAAUAAGUAUUUAUAAGCUUUUCAGUUA